AUGCCGUGCAUCCAUUACAAGUUCUUCUCCAGGCUGAACUAUGAUACCGUCAGCUUCAGCGGCCUUGACAUCUCCCUGGGAGACCUCAAGCACCAGAUCAUGUCUCGGGAGAAGCUGAAGGCGUCCAGGUGUGAGCUGCAGAUCUCCAACGCCCAGACUGGAGAAGAAUACACAGAUGAGAACACCCUGGUUCCCAGGAACUCAUCGGUCAUCGUUAGAAGAAUCCCUGCUGCAGGAGUUAAAGUUGCCAGGAAACGCUGUGUUCCACGUGGAACGGAGGCAGUACGUGGAACACCAAAAGCGGUUGAUGACUCCUCUGCACCGAUGACUCUGGCCCAACUUAUUAAGAUCGCCGAUCUAGCCGGAGCCGAUGUGCCUGAAGCAGAUAAAAUAAAAGCGAUGAUGAUCCAGUCUUCCCAGGACUAUGACCCCAUCAAUUACGUGAAGACACCUCCGUCGCCAUAUACUUGGUUACGUGAUGGAAAACCUGGCCACUACGUAAGGAACGGCCCAGACAAUGGGGGCAGACAUUUUGGAUCUGUUCCCAGAAUUAGAAAGUGCACAGGAAUUCCGAAGAGUUUCCUGAAGGAGGUGGAGGAUCCCAACACAAAGGGGGCUAUGCUGGCAAACACUGGGAAAUACGUCAUCCCAAUCCUUAAUGCGGAAGUUUAUGCCAGAGAGAAGAAGAAAAAGCCUCCCUUGUUAGCGGUGGAGCCAUCGUCCAGCUCCUCAGAUCCUGUUCCAGAGGAACAGCUGCCACUGACACCUCCUCCCGCUGCUUUCAUGGCUGUCAGCCCUCCUGCUGCUCCGGGCUGUCCUGUCCAAAGCCAACCGGCCGCGGCGGCACCAGUUCUCCCGGGCCCCCAAGGACAAUCCAUGCCCACAGCUGCUCAUCCCAAGCGAGGCGGGAAAAGGCCCUCAGCGGGUGGAAGAGCAGACUGGGAACUGGAAACAAAGAAGUCCAAACUUGACCAAUUGACAAAUGAGUUUGCUGAGGAAUCGAUGGAAUAAUGAAAGAUUCCAAAGGCGCAGAGGCGUUCAGUUUCCAGGUCCAAGUCCCCAUCCAGCGCUUCAUCUCGCUGCAGAGAUUCAGCUCAGUAAUACAGGAGACUUCUUUUGGUUUGCAUUUAAUAAAAGUAUUAUUAUUCAGAUAUUUUGUUAAUUAGGCCCUGAUUUCAAAC